UAUUCUCAAAUCCCCAUGUGAAAAUGAUUCACUCUCUCCCUGCAUUUGUCAGUUCUUCGUCUUCUUCUUCCUUCUCCACUGCCCAUUGGAUAAUCACCCUUCACCGUUCUUCCCAUCUUCCACACAACCUAAAUCCCCAUGCCAUGGCUUCGCUUCUUCCACCUUUUACUUCCCAUCUCUGCUGCUUUUCUUUUGUUAUGCCUCAAAAGAAUCGCUCUCGCAGGUGACCCUUAUGUCUUCUUCGAUUGGACUGUCUCUUUCAUCUCUGCUUCUCCACUUGGUGUUAAACAGAAGGUCAUUGGUAUUAACGGACAGUUUCCUGGACCUGUGCUCAAUGUAACUACGAACUGGAAUGUUGUUGUCAAUGUUAAAAAUGACCUUGAUGAGCCUUUGCUUCUGACAUGGAAUGGUAUACAACACAGAAAAAACUCUUGGCAAGAUGGUGUUUCUGCGACUAAUUGUCCAAUUCCUGCUGGGUGGAACUGGACAUAUCAGUUUCAGGUCAAAGAUCAAAUAGGGAGUUUCUUUUACUUCCCUUCCUUGAAUUUCCAGAGAGCUGCUGGUGGAUAUGGAGGAAUCACCAUAAAUAACAGAGACGUUAUACCAUUGCCCUUUCCGGUGCCAGAUGGAGAUAUCACAAUCUUCAUUAGUGAUUGGUAUACCAAGAGUCAUAAGGAAUUAAGGAAGAAUGUCGAGAAUGGGAUUCACCUUGGUGUUCCUGAUGGUAUCGUUAUCAAUGGAGAGGGUCCUUUUCGUUUCGAUAAUGCUCUUGUUUCUGACGGUAUUCCUUUUCAUACAAUAAAUGUUGAACCUGGGAAAACAUAUCGCCUGCGAGUGCACAAUAUUGGAAUCUCAACGAGCUUGAAUUUUAGAAUACAAAAUCACAACUUACUUUUGGUCGAGACUGAAGGAUCAUACACGGUUCAGCAGGCUUAUGCAAAUAUGGAUAUUCAUGUGGGUCAAUCAUAUUCAUUUUUGGUUACAAUGGACCAAAAUGCUAGCAAUGAUUACUUCAUUGUUGCCAGUUCUAGAUUUCUUAAUUCAUCUUCUCUGGCUGGAACUACCGGAGUGGCUAUCCUGCACUAUUCCAAUUCUCAAGGACCUGCUUCAGGUCCUCUUCCCGAUCCUCCUAAUGAAUUGGACACAUUUUUCUCAAUGAAUCAAGCAAGAUCUAUAAGAUGGAAUGUUUCUGCUGGUGCUGCUCGUCCAAACCCACAGGGAUCUUUCAAGUAUGGUCAAAUCACUGUCACGGAUGUAUAUGUGAUACUAAACCGACCUGCAGAGCUUAUAAAUGGGAAAUGGCGAAGGACCUUAAAUGGCUUAUCAUACUUCACACCUUCAACUCCACUUAAACAUGCUCAACAAUUUAGCAUCCCAGGUGUCUACAAACUUGAUUUUCCGACUCGAAUGAUGGAUAGGCAUCCCAAACUCGACACAUCUCUGAUUAAUGGUACUUUCAAAGGUUUUAUGGAGAUUAUUUUUCAAAACAAUGACAAAAAUGUUCAGACCUACCAUUUGGAUGGCUAUGCAUUUUUCGUUGUUGGCAUGGAUUUUGGAGUGUGGACUGAAAAUAGCCGAGGGACUUACAAUAAGUGGGAUGGUGUUGCCCGCUGCUCAACACAGGUCUUUCCUGGAGCUUGGACUGCAGUUCUAGUGUCCCUUGACAAUGCUGGCAUAUGGAAUCUUCGUUCCGAAAAUCUCGACUCGUGGUAUUUGGGCCAAGAACUUUACGUGAGUGUUGUAAAUCCAGAGGUUGACAAAAGUGAGAUACCAAUGCCUGAUAAUACCAUAUAUUGUGGCCUUCUUUCUUCCUUGCAAAAGGAUCAGUCUCAGAGAUUCAAGUUUUCUGGUGUGGCAUCCAGUGCUGACCCAUUUCAUUCAAUUAAGGCUGUAUUAAUCAUGACAUUGAUGGCAACAUUCAUCAGGUAACAAAAUCUGUGAAUGUUGUGUAAACAAACAGCAUUAAUUCAAUAUGCUGAAUAGAAUAGGAUUAUAGAGUUUUUGGUUGGUAAUUUGAUUUUUUUUUAAAUGUAGUUUGUGUUUGGAAAGAAAAGGCAUUAUUUAUUAAUCGAUGUAUCAUUGCUAUUAGAAUGUUUAAUAUUUUGCAAUAGAAAACUAUGUAUUCAAGUUA